AGAUUCCAGAACUCACAAUCACUACUAACUCACCAGAAAAGAAGGACCCUUCUAAAGAUCAUCUCGUAGAUUUUACUGAUUCCCCACAGGGACAUGCUAUCAGGGUUCACACUACAUCUCACGAGGAGCUGAAAGUGCCGUUGGCUUUCAUGCUAGGUCCUGAACCCCAUUCCUUGGGACAGUGGGAUGCUGCUUCUGAAUUCAGCAGGGGUGACCUCACCACAGAGGGCUCCUUCAUGGAAGAAUGCAUGGAGGAGCAGUUGAGAAGAUACCAAGAGCUGCCCCAUCGCUUGGAGGAAGAUGCCAUAGAUCGAGAACUGGAGCAGCUUUACUUGUCCCAUCUGAGCCGGCUUCGAGCAGAGGAGCUUGGAGGAAGAGGGGAGUGGUCCGAGGAGAGCUCAGGCAACAACGCCAGUCCUGUGCCGUCUCUCAUUGCGUUGCGUCAGAGUGUCUUGACUGAUCGUGACCUCAUAGUCAACUGGACAGGCCCAGAGAGAGCACUCAACAGUUCCCUGGCAAAUGAGAUCACACUGUACUAUGCUAAGCAACGGGGCGAUGACUCCAGAGAUAGUGAGGAGGAGGGGAUUAUGGCAGGUUAUGCAACACAGGGACCACCUGAGGUGGUGGGAACAGGCCGUGAUAGCCCACCAGUCUUACUAGAAGGCUGCUUUCUAAAUCACCUGGAAGAGGGAAAUGUCCAGCAGAGUCCAAUGGAGGACUCUGACUCCAGCUUGAGAGUGGUGGCACCUAACACCUUGAGGCCAGUAAUUCCAGAGGCUAUGGUGAUGCCCCUUGUAGUUCCAGCCCGGACGCUAGCGCCCCUACCAAAGCGGCCCACAGACCUGCCAUCCAGCCCUCUUGAUGCCCCUGGACAAGGCAAGAGCCAGGGCUUCUUGAUAGGGCCUGGCAGCCUCUGGCUGGGCGAGGGCCUUUGCGUCCACAAGCCCCCUGAAAACAGUCCCGCUCCUCAUAACGAACUUGAGAAGAUCUUGACACGCUCCCUGCGGUUCCUCAGCCUCUUUGUCUUCCUUCCCAUGGUUUUCAACAGCUGCAUGCCUUUGGUGGCCGUUACACUAUACCUCCUCUUGGAUUGGUUCUCAUAAUUGAGUGUGGCUCUCAGAAGUGCCAAAGGCUCGCGAGAAGAUCUGUAACUUGGCUCUAUCCCCCGUUUCACCUGAACCAGCUAGAAAUUUGGCAGUAGCAUCAGAUCUUUUUGGAGUUAAUGGCACGUCGAUCCUAAAUUUCCCAAGGUUCAGAACUAUUUAUUUUUUAUUAAAUCAUCUGGUAUAAGAGAUGAAUUGCUUGGACAAUAAAAAAUGAGCUAUAUGUGAAACUCGCCAUGAAAUUGGAUUUGAAGGUAGCAUUUGUAAGGCCCAGAGCAGGUGACGGUGGGCUCAAAGCCCCCAAUAGCCCCCCCCCCAAUUUCUCCCUUUGCACAUUUUAAUCAAGAAGGUUAGAAGUAACAGCAUUGUCCACCCUUCAUUUUCAAAUAGAGGCAAUUGAGUAUGCCUUGUUUGAACAGCCUCAAAUCCUACUCAAAAGAGCCAGAAUAAUAUUUCUCUCUUCCGUCUUUAAAAACAAAAUUCCUUGUUAAGAUUUAGUAGACUUUGUCUCUGCUUUUGGCCUUCCUCUUUCAGGUUCUUGGAUGAAAUCCAAUUAACUUACUUAUAAGAAGUAAGUCAUUAAUUUAUUUCCAAUUUGAGAAUGAGGCAAACAUUUCCUAAAAUAACCAUAUUCUUUGCUAUUUUUACAGACAUACGCUUUUAGCGAGCUUUGACUGUAACUUGUUUUGUGACAAAGCAGAACAAUAUUAAGGGAUAAUU